AUGACGUCGGAUCGUUCUGGCCGGAGAAUGGUCCAGACUGUCUUAAACUUUGGACAGGACCAAAAGCAAGCAGCCGUUACGUAUCCGUCAAUUCGAAAGCCGGAUCGCGAUGAGAUGGCAGCUCUCGAGUCAGACUCGAAUCGAAUGGAAGACGUUCAACCCACCCAAUCUACCGCAAUCUCCUGGGAAUCCACUCCAGCGCCGACGUCAAGAAGCGGCAGCUUCUCCGGCAAUUAUAUGCCUGCGUCCAUACCCCGUCACCAGACCCUCAUUCACGUCGCACGUGAAACCACCGCCCUUCUGCCCAAUAUCCUCUCCGCCGUUCCCCACGCCCCUGCAAAGGGCUAUCUCUACACAGACCCUCCUUAUCUCGACCAAAAAUACUCCCCGCGCUUCCCCCGCACCCCAAUCCGCAUCCUCAACUCCGACACCCUCGACACAGCGAUCGGUCUAGCCCAAUGCGCCAAGUACGUCACCGUCCGCGACAAGAGACCCGUCUGCGUUCUCAACAUGGCCAAUGCCUAUAACGCUGGCGGAGGUUGGAAGCGCGGCGCUCUCGCACAAGAAGAAGCCAUCUGCUACCGAAGCAGCCUCAGCUUCACGCUCAAACUGCGCUAUUAUCCUAUUCCGGAACUGAGCGCCAUAUACUCCCCCACCGUGUUGGUGAUACGCAAGAGUUUGGAGGACGGCCACGAGCUGCUGCCGCUCGAUAUGCCAGCGAAUUUACCCAUUGUGAGCGCGAUUAGCGUUGCCGCGCUGUGUGCGCCGAAGGUGACAAUGGGACCUGCACCACCGGGUUCGAAGGAGUCACAGAGACAAAAGUAUCGGAGCCCGAAGGACAGAGAACUUACUAAAGAGAAAAUGAGGGUCGUUUUGAGGACUGCGGCAGUGAAUGGGCACCGGAGACUGGUGUUGGGUGCUCUGGGUUGCGGAGCGUUUAAGAAUCCGAGAGAAGAAGUGGCUGAUUGUUGGGCAGAGGUCUUUGGCGAACAAGAAUUCGCUGGGGGGUGGUGGGAGAGCGUGCUCUUUGCCGUUAUGGAUGAUUUGGGCCAAGGGGAAAAUGGCGAUGGAAAUUACGGAGUUUUUUAUCGGAGGUUAAAUGGAAUGAUGGUUUGA